CUCAGGUGAAAGUUUAUUCGUUGAAAGCUGGUUUUGGGGCACUUGGCUGUUAGUAGUAGUCGAAUAAAUAGUGUGUGGGGGGAAAAUACCCGGGGAGCUGAGUUUAGUUUGGUCAAGGCUUAAACUACAAACCGCUUUCGGCUCUAAUCGGAGCUUUUCGGCCAUCUGCCUCCAUUUUGUCCUGAUCCUGCACUUCCGGGUUCCUCAGCGCUGGGCUGUUCGCUGCUGAAGCCGUAAAGCGGUGGCUCCUCCACCUCACUUUGUCUGGGCUGAAAGUUUACACAGCAGGAGAUUUCCGUAGGUUUAUUGCGCCUGUGUUUGGCUAAUGUUUAGUUUUGAGUGAUAGUUUAAUUCUGUGGUUAGUUUUCCAGCCCCAGUGUGAGUGUGAGGCGAGCGGACACCAUGAAGCUGCGGCUCGUGUAGAGUUCCAGGUUUGGUUUGGUUUGGUUUGUCUGAGAUUACCGCAGCGGUGCCCAAUGCUGUUGGAGACCCGAGGCACUGAGUGACUAGUCUCAGAGCUUUUGUGAGCAGAAACCCAGCUGCUGAGACUCGGGUGAUAGUCACCAUUCUUGGAGAAACAGCAAUAUGCCUAUUCCUCCACCACCUCCUCCUCCUCCUGGACCUCCACCUCCCCCCACCUUCAACCAGGCAAACACUACCCCUCCCAAGCUGUCACGGGAUGAAGCUAAAGGAAGAGGAGCCCUGUUGUCAGACAUAUGCAAAGGGGCCAAGCUGAAAAAAGUCACAAACGUCAGUGACAGAAGUGCACCUGUCCUCGAGAAACCUGGAGGGGGUGGAGGAGGAAGUGGAGGGGGCUUUGGUGGCAGUUCUGGCCCGAUGCCAAUGGGAGGCUUGUUUAGUGGAGGAGUGCCUAAACUUCGUCCAGUAGGAGAGAACACUGUUGGCAGAGCAGCACUGCGGCCUCCGGGUUCACGUCCUGCUGUGCCCCGUCCUACGAGCCAACAGGCCAAUGAUGAGCGCUCCUCGCCUCCUGAGCAACCUCGGAAUCCUCGCCCUUCACUACCUGACAUUUCGAAACCGGGCAGUGGCAGCAGCACCCCAAAACCCAACAGCGCUGCUCCUCCUCUCCCUCCGCCUUUCAGUCGACGUGGCAAUAACCCUCCUCACACCGCCAGCCAGAGCACUGGCCGCUCUUAUGGGCUAGAGAAGCCCCUCCCACCACCAAGUGUGAACAGAGCUCCUCCUCCCCCGUCAUCUGCACGUGAUGUCCUGUCAAAAUCUACUUCUCGCUCUUCACCUGGUUCUUCAUCUGCACCACCACCCCCUCCUCCUCCUCCUUACCGACAGCCCCCUUCAAUGGCUAACGGUGAUCCACCCCCUGAGUUGCCACUGAGGCGGAACUCGCUUCACAGGAGGACCAAUGAGAGUUCUCAUAGUAGUUCUCGUAGUCAAGCCCCACCCCCACCGCCGCCCCCACCCCAACAAAGCAGCCGACCACCACCACCAGCUCGAGACCCUCCAGGACGACGAACAAACGCCCAGGCUCCCCCCUCUGCAUCCCGGAAUGGGACUCGUGACGCACCCCCUCCUCCUCCUCCUCCGGCUCGCAUGCAGAGCGGUAGCUCUCAAAGUUCUUACGAGAGCCGAGGGAGACCCCCACCACCCGGCUCUUCCAGUCGCCAACUCUCAUCACAUCCACCUCCACCUCCACCUAUGCGCAAUGGACACACACCUGCCUCUCGAGCUUCCUCUGAUGACUUUGAGUCCAAAUACUCCUUCCAUCCUGUUGAGGAUCUGCCUCCUCCAGAAGACUACAGACCGUUCUCAAAAAUCUAUCCCAGUAAAACCAAUAGAGCUAUGACACGAGGAGUUCCUCCUGCGCCACCUGUUGGAAGAUGAUCUGCACUCACUUUUGAGUCUAAUCAUACACACCCACACACACUAUCACACCUGUAUAGAACAGAGACCAGAAGCUGUCUUUAACAGAAUGCAAAAUGCAACUUUACCUAACUGAAAUAUUCUCAGGUGAAGGCCAUUAGUUAAAAUUUUAUAGACAGAUGUAUACACUAAACUUUUGCACAAAUGCUAGAAUUAUAUUUCAAAUAAAUAGGAACUAUGCAUUCCAAGCGAAAGACACUUUUCCAUGCAUGUAAGAUAAACUGAACGUUUUAAGCACACUACAUGAUGCCUAAACAGCUCCAGGACGAUGUACCUCUAUUCCAGAGACCACUGUGCAGUGCCGUAGUCCUGAUCAGUUCAUAUGUACACUAUCUGACUUCACAAAGCAGUAAGAGGACCCAAGCUACAGUACACAAGCUCGCUCUCUCUUAUAUAUAUUUGCAUUCCACAUCAUCUCUCUAACAGAUACCAUAGUACCGUUGUUGUAGCACUUGUUAAUCAUGAUUAAUGCUAUUCGAGUGAAAUAAGAGGUUACAUAAGGGAAUCAGUAGACAAUCAUUGCAUUAUGAUGUGUAAAGUGACAAAAUGUAUAAAAAAAAAAAAAAAAUCAGUCUUUCUCCCAUAAGGGAUCUGAUGUGUCAUUAUUAGACUUUAAAGUGCCAUUCCACCAUUGGAUGUAUUCUUUGGCAUAAAAUACAAUAUAUUUUGACAACAUGUAUAAAUGGUAUCACUAGAUAGAGAAAUCUUUUAGCUUCAAAAUGAUAUAUCAAACGGGCGGCACGGUGGUGCAGUGGUUAGCGCUGUCGCCUCACAGCAAGAAGGUCCUGGGUUCGAGCCCCGUGGCCGGCGAGGGCCUUUCUGUGUGGAGUUUGCAUGUUCUCCCCGUGUCCGCGUGGGUUUCCUCC